UCAGUAUAUUUAAAUGACAUCAAAAACAGUGGCAGUUCCUUGAAACUAGGUGGUGAUGCCAGAUGCAGUUCCCCAGGACACACUGCAAAAUACGGAUCCUACACACUCAUGGAUGUAGAAACUGCCAAAGUGGUGGAUAUUCAGCUUGUCCAGUCAAAUGAAGUGAAAAAUUCAUAUGCAAUGGAACUGGAAGGACUGAAGCGCUGCUUCCAAUUCUUAAAAGAUAAGGACAUACCAAUAUCUGAUUUGGUGACUGACAGACACUGCCAAGUCAAAAAGCUGAUGAAAAGUGACCAUCCAGACAUAAACCAUUGGUUUGAUGUUUGGCAUGUUGCAAAGGGUGUCUACAAGAAACUAGAAGCUCUUGGAAAGUCCAAGAAGUACAAAAUGGCUGGAGAAUGGGCCAGAUCCAUAAGCAACCAUGCUUAUUGGUGUGCUGCUAGCAGUGGAGGGAAUGCAGAACUUGACAAAAAAAAAAGUAUCCUGAACCAUGUCACUAAUAUUCACGAGGGGCAUGGAGAUCUUUUCCAUUCAUGUGAGCAUGGGGACAUCUCAAGAAAGUGGAUCAAGCCAGGAAGCAAAGUAUUCCGGGAAAUGGAAAAGAUUUUAUGUGGGAAACUCUUGUUGAAAGAUGUUGGAAAGUUGUCCCCAGCACAUCAGACAUCAUGCUUGGAAUCCUUCCACAAUGUGGUGAACUUUUUUGCAACAAAGGCCAGCCAUUUCUUUUACAUUCAGAUGAAAGCAAGACUUUGCCUGGCAGCUCUUCAUUUCAACUCAAAUAGUUGUAGACCACAAGCAACUCUGGAGGAUGGGACUGCCAGAUACAGAAUUGCUUUCCCAAAAGGAAGAAAAGGGGAUGCAGUCCCAAAGGAGAUUAAAGUCAAACAGAACUUCAAUUACAUCAAAGAGUUGAUGGAGGAGGUUGUAGUCAGAAGGCUACAAUUCACAACCAUCCAACAGGCUGAAGCAGCUCUUUUUGAGGAAAUGGAUGCUCCCCCUCCUUCCAUUAGAUGUUAUCAUCCAUAA